AUGAGCUUUAAUGGGCUCAGAGGGUCAUGGCCCAAACAAUCUACUACACUCCAAAACGUUGUCACCAUCAUCGGAAUACCGCAUGUUGAGAGAGCUUUCGACGAAAAUUCGACGAUGCUACUUGUGAGAUCCCUUUGCCGUACAGCUGCGGCGGCCUCCGUCGCUACGCUCCGAUCAUCGAGAUCCGCCGCAACAAAUCCUCUGCUGCGCAAUCGUUCCCUCUUCACGCGAGGAUUCUUCGCUGUUUCUUCCUUUCCUUCAAAUCGAACUCCUUACGUGUGUCUGUAUCCUCGAGCAAUGGAUAUAGGAAAAGUGCGCAACUUCAGCGAAGAUGUGUCGCACAUGCCUGAAAUCAAAGACAGUGAUGUUCUGAAUGCUUUCAAAGGCUUGAUGGCUGCAGACUGGUCAGGGCUGUCUUCUGCUGUUGUUAACGAGGCCAAAAAGGCAGUCUCGAAAAACACAGACGACAAGGCAGGGCAAGAGGCCGUAACCAAUGUGUUCAGAGCAGCUGAAGCUGUUGAGGAGUUUGGCGGGAUUCUCAAUUCCCUAAAGAUGGAAAUCGACGAUAGCAUUGGGAUGAGUGGGGAGAAUGUGAAGACCUUACCAGAAGAUAUAACCAAAGCGCUCCGUCUUGCUUAUCAUAGGUAUGCUACUUACCUAGAUGCGUUUGGACCUGACGAAGUUUACUUGAAGAAGAAGGUUGAGACAGAGUUGGGGACAAAGAUGAUCCACUUGAAGAUGCGAUGCAGUGGGCUUGGUUCAGAAUGGGGAAAGGUUACUGUUCUUGGAACAUCAGGACUCUCGGGGUCUUACGUGGAGCAAAGGGCUUAAAACUGACUGAGAAGAUCCGAAAUGAUGUUUUUGUUAUUUACGUUAUUGUGUCUUGAACACAUAAUAAGGUCAAUAAUGGACCAAAGACAUAAGGUGAGUUUUUGUUCAUUGUCGCCGCCCCAACAAAUUUUAAACAAGCUUUUGUGUUCUGUUUUAUUACAUUAGAGUUUCUUUACUGUGCGAUUCAACAGUUUCAAAUAAAAUAAAUUGGAGCAACUCUAUUUGGUUUCCUCCAUGACCAAGACUCUGCAAGAGACUUGGGAGCGGUGGAAGCAACACAGCUUUUCUUUUUAAACCAAACGGCCAUCUUUGGCAAUUUCAC